AUGUUUUACUCACCAAUUCCAACAAUCUUAAUGCUUCUUGGAGCCGUAAGAUUGACCAACGCACAGGCGAACGCCGCAUUUGAAGCAAGCGGAGCUCAGUACAUACUUUACAGCGGAAACAUUUCAGCAAGCGUAUCAUACAGCUCCCAGUUCUCUAGCUCAAGUUGCGCAUCCCUCACCACACCUUCCUACUCAAACGCGCAUCUCUACAUCGGUAAAAAUCCACCAUGGGACCCAAACCCAUUCUUCUUCGAACUCUAUCAUUCCGCUUCCGACGGUCGUAUUUUCACCAAUGACCAAAUCUUUAACUUGGAUUUUAGCAGUUCGGCAUAUGAGUGCUUCAAAGAUGGCAAACCUUGUGGCUUUAUUGCUGUUGAUUUCGACCUAAAGCUUCAACAAUAUCUCGAUCUGGCUAAAGCGCAAGUCGCCAAAACGACAUUUAAUGGCGAAGCAGGAUUUUCAGUUAAUGGGGACCCUACUAGCUGGAUAGCAAGCAACGCCACUGGAAAUGGCGUCGAUGUAGUAUCAUCUUGUCGAGCUGCAAGGGUCGACUGGGAAUAUUUCAAAUGGAACUCAACCCAUGCGCCCUCCUACAAUCUCACAUUCACAAACACUACAGCAUCUCUGACUCUCACAACCAAGAUCACAAACUCUGAGAUGUCCCUCACCUUUUCUGCACCCAGAAACACGACCUACAAAGCCCCCAUUCAACUCGCACCAGACUCAGGAUCCGAACCAAAUUUUGAGUUUGUCAAUGGUGACGACUUUGUUUUUUCGCAGAGGGGUCAGAGUUGGAGUGCUGCUAGCAGUUCUGGGGCCGCUGGAACAAGCCCGACCUCUAGGAGAGGAGGAAGUACGCCAACUGGAACUGGAAAUAUAGGACCCGCAGCGACUACUAGUAAAUCGGCUGCCGUCUUGGGGGUCGAGGGGAAGGAAAUAAUGGAGGUGUGGAUGGUUGUUGGCAUUGUUGGUGGGGUUUUGGCUGUCGUCUAA